AUGUUCAGUCUGAAGAUGCUUCCACUUCUGCUGUUACUCCACGUGCAGCUUUCCAAGGCCUUUCUAGUACAUUCUGAAUUCCUAGAAGAGAAAACUACAAAAAUUGUGCAGAAUUACCUAGAAAAGUUCUACCAAUUACCAAGGUACAAAUAUCAGUCUGAAAGGAAGAACAGCGCUAGUGUGAUUGUUGAGAAGCUUAAAGAAAUGCAGCAAUUCUUUGGGCUGAACAUAACAGGGAAGCCAAAUGAGGAAACCUUGGAGAUCAUGGGAAAGCCUCGCUGUGGAGUGCCCGAUACUGGCAAUUUUAUGAUAACUCCAGGAAACCCCAAGUGGAAACAAACUAAUCUGACCUACAGGAUUAUUAACUAUACCCCAGACUUGUCAGAGGCUGAAGUGGAAACAGCUCUUGAGAAAGCCUUUAAACUCUGGAGUCACGUGUCACCCCUGAACUUCACCAAGACCUCACAGGAAGAAGCAGAUAUCAAGAUUGCCUUUCUCCAAGGAGAUCAUGGGGACAAUUCUCCAUUUGAUGGACCCAAUGGGAUCCUUGCUCAUGCCUUUCAGCCAGGCCCAGGUAUUGGAGGAGAUGUUCAUUUUGAUGCAGAAGAAACAUGGACCAAAACCUCCAGAAAUUACAACUUGUUUCUUGUUGCUGCCCAUGAAUUUGGCCAUUCCUUGGGGCUGGCUCAUUCCUCUGACCCUGGUGCCUUGAUGUAUCCCAACUACGCUUUCAGUGAGCCCAGCACCUACUCGCUCCCUCAAGAUGACAUCAGUGGCAUUCAGGCCAUCUAUGGACCUUCGAGCAACCCUGUGCAACCUACUGGACCAACCACACCCACAGCCUGUGACCCCAGACUGACAUUUGAUGCUAUCACUACACUCCGCGGAGAAAUACUUUUCUUUAAAGACAAGUACUUCUGGAGAAAGCAUCCUCACCUACGAAGAGUCGAACUCAAUUUCAUUUCUCUCUUCUGGCCAUCCCUGGUAAAUGGUAUACAGGCUGCUUAUGAGGAUUUUGACAAGGACCUAAUUUUCAUAUUCAAAGGCAAUCAGUACUGGGCUGUAAGUGGCUAUGAUAUUCAGCAAGGUUAUCCCAAGAAUAUAGCAAACUAUGGCUUCCCAAGCAGUGUCCAAGCAAUAGAUGCAGCUGUUUCCUACAAGGGAAAGACAUACUUCUUUGUAAACAACCAAUUCUGGAGAUAUGAUGACCAAAGUCAAUCCAUGGAACCAGGUUAUCCCAAAAGCAUAGCAAGUAGCUUUCAAGGAAUAGAAAGUAGAGUUGAUGCCGUUUUCCAGAAGAAUUCCUUCUUCCUUUUCUUCAGUGGACCAAGAUAUUAUGCAUUUGAUCUUAGUGCUCGUAGGAUUACUAGAGUUGAAAGAAGCAAUAGAUGGCUUAACUGUAGAUAA